CCGACGCUCCCUUGACGUGGAGCAGCGUCAUUGCGGAAGUAGCUAAGUCUACGUGGGGAAGGAAGGUUGGCUUGUUCGUGUUUGAACUAAACUCUGCCUAAAACACUAUAAAUGUGCGACCUACGGAACCUACAAUAACCCUACCGCGCCUCGCGGAACCUACAACCUCCCCGCCCGCUAGCUGAAUGGCCUUGUACCGCCAGGGCGUGUAGAUCCGAUGGGAGGGAUAGCCGGGUAGUUCCCUGUAAUGCUUCGGUGGCUGCGGCAGUCUCUUCGGCAGGUGUCUAGUCUGAUGGCCCGGAGACCAGUGCUUGUCUGCGGGGCGAUACUGCUGAGCGUCCUGCUACUACUGGCCGUUACAUUUACCUGCAGCCGGGCUAAGAAUGUGGUUGCGUCGGCGCGUCCCCCGGUGAGGUUCUUCUCUGCCGAGGCCCCUGUAGUGGACCUGUACCUGGGUCAGUUGGAGCAGGUGGAGAGGCUGAGGGGCGCGGCAGAGGUGUCCGUCAUCUUCUUCUACGCUCCCUGGUGUGCACACUCCAUCACCACUCGCCAAGAGGUCCAGGAGGUCGCACGGAGGCUGGUCAAACAGGUACGCACUUUGUGGGACUCCUGGUCUGUGAACUGUUGGUGGAGCCAGGGGAAAUGCAGGAAACAGAAGAGCUUCUACCAAUAUCCUGUCAUCCACCUGUUCUACAGGAGGUUUGGCCCUAUAGAGUACAAGGGUCCGUUCCUGGCUUCCUAUGUAGAGAGGUUCAUCCUGAGAGUCAUCACCCCACUGACCUACCUACCAUCACGAGCCACACUACAAGACUUCCUGUCUUAUCAUGAGCCGGGGGUAGUGGGUUAUUUCCAGUUCAACACUUCUCCUCAGCCUCCCGGCUACAUCACAUAUCUCUCCUCAGCUCUGCAGGCCUUGAAGAGAGACUUCCGUGGUGCGGUGCGUUUCGGGGUGGUGACCAGUAGACAGGUGGCAGAGUCCAUCUCAGUCAGAGAUGACCAGACCGUCUACCUGCACCGACACUUCAACUCCUCAUUGAUUUUCCCUAGUUGGGAGCGUAACUUCACCUCUGAAGGCAUCUGUUCCUGGGUCUUUGAGCACCGCGAGACAGUCCUCCAAUGGCUGGCGCCGACUGGUGCUAAGUCCCGCCUUCUGGAGCAGGAACUGACCAAAGGCCCUGCCCUCCUGCUCUUCCUGCCCCACAAUCCCCUGGGGCACGGCCCCGACCCGCUGCUGACGCAGAUUGCAGACGUCGCGGUUCGCUACCAUUCCUGUAGCGACUCCCCUCACCACCACCACCACCCCUCUGACCACUACUACUACAGUGGACCCUUCCAGCCCCUGUCCCCCCCUCUCUGCUGCCUCUCAGUGGUUCUGCCCAGGCCACACCCCCUCCCAGGCUCCACCUCCAGGGUGUGUGAGCUUUGUCUCAACCAGUCCAAUCCGGGUCGCUCUCCCCUGUGCACCUUCCCCUCCCAGACAUCAGGUGGCGCUGCCGUGCUCCAGUCCUACCUCAGACGAUGCUGCCUACCUGUUGCUGCGACGGUGACGACGGUUGCCUGUAGUAACAUCCUGAGUAGCUACAGCCCGUCGUCAGGUCGCUAUAGUGCCUGUUGUAGAACUCUGGGACAGCUAGGGGUUUCCCUGCUCCCACAGCAGGGGCUAGGGCUAGACAACGAGGGGUUAGGGACACCCCCUCCCUCACCAUCCUCCUCCCAGGACUCCUCCCCGUCCUCCCAGGACCAGGAAGCAGGCGGGAUUAAAGGGUUGAGGUGUCGGACAAAUAAGACGCUCAGGUUCUACAUCCUGGACUCCGUCCUCCACUGGCCGCUGGCGGUGCGCCUUGGGGCGCUAGGCAACGACGAGAUGGGUGGCGGUGGCCUGGGGAGUUGUAAGACAGAACACACACCUGUCCUCCUCUUCCCCAGACACAGGAAACACCUGUCCGUCAAGUUCCCGGAGGACACGCCCAUCACUCUCCCCACCCUAUUACGCUUCAUCCUGAAGCACUCCGACUCCGCCCACCAGCCAAUGAAAGCAGACGGAUCCGACCCUCACCCUCACGUUCUCCUCAAGGCGGAGUUCCGCGCUCUACAAGGAGAAGUCCAGACAUUACAUCGUGCACGCCAGCGCCUCUCCAACCAACUGGCCCAGCUGUGGCGAGACAACCGGCGGUUAUCCUUCCACGCCGUGGCCCUGGAGACCCACAAUGCACUGCUGCAGUCCCAGAAUGGCGAGCUGCAGCGCGAGAGGCUGAGCCUAGUGGAGCAGCACAAGGAGAAGAGUCGUCAGUUAGGGGAGGCGGUCAGGAGACUACAGGAACUAGCGGACGCAUCAGAGAACCUUCUCACUGAGAAUACACUGCUGAGGGUUUUACUGGGAGCUCUGAGAGCCAGGGAGACAGAGAGAGGGGAGGAGGAGAACGAAGAGGAGGAGACAGGGAGGAGGAGGAGGAGGAGACAGGGGAGGAGGAGGAGGAGACGACAGGGGAGGAGAGGAGUUAUAUGGCCUCUUGACAGGGGAGGAGAAUACCCUGCUGAGGGUUUUACUGGGAGCGCUGAGAGCCAGGGAGACAGGGGAGGAGGAGGAGGAGGAGGAGACAGGGGAGGAGAGGAGUUAUAUGGCCUCUUGACAGGGGAGGAGAAUACCCUGCUGAGGGUUUUACUGGGAGCGCUGAGAGCCAGGGAGACAGGGGAGGAGGAGGAGACAGGGGAGGAGGAGGAGGAGACAGGGGAGGAGGAGGAGGAGGAGACAGGGGAGGAGGAGGAGGAGACAGGGGAGGAGGAGGGGACGAUGGCCAACGUCCAGGUGCCUGUUGUGGCCAUCGGUGCGUUUGGGGACAGUCCUGUCCAGAUGACCUGUCCUACCUGUCACCAGACCGUGGUCACUAAGGUUGACUUCUCCUCUGGUGUCCUCACCUACCCUUCUGUGGGGGACUCUUCUUCUGUGGGUGCGUACAAGUUUGUUCUGGGUUGCUGUCUCAUCCCGUUCUGUUUCGACAGGCUCAAAGACGCCAAGCACACGUGUCCCUCCUGCAAGACCCUCCUGGGGGUUUAUAAGCGCUUAUAA